CUUUGCUUUUGUGUUUGUCCUUCGCAUCUACAUAUCUGUUCCUUGUUUGGUCCUUUUGUGUUCUGCAUAUAUGUUCUUGGGCAUCUACUGCAGUUCUUGCCAAUUUUCUUUCAUUUUAAGGUAUAUUGAAAUCUUUUGUCCUAAUUAAGUUUCUUAUUGUAAUGACCCGCGUUCUUAUUGCUCUGAACUCUGAAUCGGCUAGUAGUUCUUGGCGAAGAUGAGGGCUCAAUUGUUCAAAUUUCGGUUGUGGGGUUGCCUUUUUUCCACCUCUUGUUACUGUUUAUAUGUGUCAGUCUCUUGCUGUGAUCCUAAAUUGGAAGUUACUUACUGGAUGGGAAACCAAGAUUCGUUUCUUGUAUGUAAAUAUAAAUAUCCCCUGGUCUUAGUGUGAGUUGGCAGCCAAUAGUAAUACGUAUGUCAUUUCUUUCUUUUUUCGUUUGAGUUUAGCUAAGCCAGAUAUAUCCAAUAAGAGAGAAGAGUCAUCGAACUCGUUGUCCUCUCCUCGGGUGCUAGCUUUCAAGACGGCUCCGCCCCAGCUUCUCGUGGAGGCGGCUCCGGCGUUUCACCUGUCACUCUGGCCUUCUCCGUCGCGCCGCCGCUUCGUACACUGAAUGAGGUGUGGAGCGCGCAGGAGUACGCCGUCUCCACGUUGCUGCUGCGAAGAGUCUCUCCCAUAGACAACGGCUAAGGCUAAAACACCGUCAGUUCCUGCUGCAAAUUCCACUGUGACAAGUGAUAAUUUGGUAGGUCAUCCGAAGAAUCGUGCCGGAAUUCAGAACAGAGAUGGCCAAGAUAAGCUGCUUCUCCACCCUGCUCGCCGGCAGGAGGCAGAAACGAGUGGUUGCUGGCACAGAGAAGCGGGGUGGCGGCGAGCGCCCCAGGGUGAAGCCGGUGGAGGAUUCCAUUCACGCUACGCCGACUGCCGCUCCUCAUGUGGACAAAUGCGGCGAUAAGAUCGAACGGCGCGACGUCAAGAUUGUCUCCGAUGUGGCUGCCGUGGUGGCGCAUAAGGGCGGCGACACUGACGUCAUGUCGCCAGCGAAGACGGACACCCGGUCUGAUGACUUCGACUUCCACCCACACCACGGCUCCGACAACCACGGCGCUGAGAAGCAUGCCACCGUCACCGUACCGGACGACGCGGAGAUCACGAACGGUGGCGCCGUACCGGAUGCGGUGAUUGUUAGCGGCGAGGAGGAGGAGGCAGCGGCAGCGGCAGCGGAGGUGGACCCGUCGGCGAAGCUGAAGCGGUCGUGCUCAAACAUCGAGACCAAGCGGCCUGUGCCGAGGCACGCCACGGACAUGCCAGCGCGAUCGCGCUCCUACGGCGACCUCAAGGACCUACCGGGCGGCGUCUCCAAGGACACCAUGUCGCGCGGCGUGCCGGAUGCGAGCCCCGCGUCGGUGAAGACGUCGCGUACCGCGGACCGCGUCAUGCUCAAGAGGCGGUCGUCGAGCCAGGUUCUGCCGUCGCGGAGCCGGAAGCUGUGGUGGCGCCUCUUCCUCUGGAGCCACCGCAACCUGCACCGGCCGUGGUCGGCGCGCCCGAGCGACGACGCCGGCGCUCCCGGCCGUCACGGCGGCGGGUACACCUCGGACACGCACGAGGAGCCGGACCGCAAGAACAAGAAGGCGAUGGUCGACGAGUCACCACCGCCGCCGGUCCCUAACCAGUGGGUCGCCUUUUGCGCCGAGAACUCCCUGAGCGACCGCGUCAGCGCGUGGGUGAGCACCAUCGACAACGAGUGCCUCCGCAUCUCCGAGGACGACGACGACGACAACGACCAAAGCAUGGAGCAAGGCGACUGCGUGGCGAGCCCCCGUGCCAUCGUGGCCGGGGAACCGUCUGGGAAGGAGAACGGCAAGUCCAAACGGUGCGCGGCCGCCAAUGAGGUCGCCCAGGCCAACAGCAUCGUCCAGUCCCUCACCGCCUUCUCAUCCGUAGCGCACAUAUCCGGGAUGGGACUCAAGGUCAUGCCCAUGAUCGCGCCCUUCUCGAGCUUGCGCGCGGUCAACCUCUCCAGCAACUUCAUCGUUCAUAUCUCCCCGGGAUCGCUGCCAAAGGGACUGCACUCGCUGGAUCUGUCGCGGAACAAGAUAGCCAAUGUGGAGGGGCUCCGGGAGCUGACCAAGCUGCGAGUGCUGAACCUCAGCUACAACCGAAUUUCGCGUAUCGGCCAUGGGCUGUCGAACUGCACGGCGAUCAGGGAGCUGUACCUGGCGGGGAACAAGAUCAGCGACGUGGAGGGCCUGCACCGGCUGCUGAAGCUGGCGGUGCUGGACCUGGGCUUCAACAAGCUCACCACGGCCAAGGCGCUGGGGCAGCUGGUGGCCAACUACCACUCCCUCCUGGCUCUCAACCUGGUGGGCAACCCGGUGCAGACCAACGUCGGCGACGAAGCGCUGCGCAAGGCCGUCACGGGCCUCCUCCCGCACCUAGCUUACCUCAACAAGCAGCCGGUGAAGCCGCAGCGCGUGCGGGAGGUGGCUACGGACAGCGUCGCACGAGCGGCGCUCGGCGCCGGCGCGGGGGGACGCAGGCGGGCGUCGCGGCGGCUGAGCCAGAGCCCGGGAUCGUCGUCCACAUCCAGGAGCAGGUCCAAGGGAAGGCAGCAUCACGCCUCGGGCCUGCCGACGAGGAAGUGAAGAAGGAUUAGAUCGACCGAAAUUCCUCAAAUUGGUGAGGGAAUCAUCAAUCAUCAUGUACUCCGUACUUGGCUUGUGAGCCGUUGUUCGAGAGAGAGAGAGAGAUUGCAUCAGAUAUAUGCGCCUCGCUGAACCACUGGGUGCAGGAAAGUGCAUGUUUGAAAUCGGUGAUUUUUUUUCAAUCUGCAAGAGAUUACCUUUUUUUUUCGAAAUGGGAGUGAAAUGAUGCAUACAGUUUUUUUAAGCUCAA